CUUCUCUGCUGUCUUGGAUAUACACAACAUUGAUACGUUACGUACCCACAGCGAUAAGCGGCGGAACAACCGCUAGUAUUGUGACUUGUGUCUGACGCUUUGUAAAAUAUGAAACUGUGAUUGUGAUCUGUGCUGUGAUAGUUCGAACUAGUGGUCAGAUAUGUUGGUGAUUCUAGUCAAAUUUUAAGAUAACAUGUUGGAACACAGUGCUAUGUAUCUCAACGUGACACCGCCAUACGAAGAGGAUACUUCCUUCUUUCCUGACUUUUAUACUACACGGCUUGGCCCGUGCGAUCUGCAAGACCCGGUUUGGGGUAAGAUGAGCGCCUUGACAGCAGGUGUCAAUAAGAAAAGGAAAAAAUCGGAGACAAAACCUCAAGCGCAAAUAAAUAAGUGCAAUAAUGAGAAGCGUCGCCGAGAACAAGAAAACAUCUACAUAGAGGAAUUGGCUGAGCUGAUUUCGGCAAAUUUCGGGGACAUGAGCUCGUUGUCGGUGAAGCCGGAUAAGUGCGCCAUUCUACAAGAAGCUGUUAACCAAAUAAGAAGUAUAAAGCAGCAGGAAAGCGCUACCCAAUCUUCGGAUCCCGUCCAACAAGGGGAGGUUUCGUCUUCCAGGCCGACGAUACUCUCCAACGACGUUUAUGGUCCUUUAUUGCUGGAGGCUUUGGAAGGGUUCCUGUUUGUCAUUAAUAGUGAAGGCAAGGUUGAACAUGUAACCGAGAACGUCUCCAAUUAUAUAAAAUUUACAAAAGACGAAGUAUUGGGCAGCAGCAUUUAUAAUUUCAUCCAUCAUGGGGACCACGCUAAAUUCCAUUCGAGCCUUCUGCCCAUGACCAUUGAAUGGGGCAAUGAGCAGCAAGUAAACAACAAAUCAAAAUCUAUAGAUAUAAGGCUUCUUGUGAAGCCUCCCGAUGACCUAGAUAAAACCAUAGAAGAAAAGCAACAAAGAGUCAGUAGUUACGAGUUGAUGCAUAUAUCGAGUACCCAAUUAAAAGAUCACUUAUCGGUAUCAGAAGAGGACGGAAGUGACAGUGGUCCGUGUUUGUUGUGUGUCGCGUCUAGGAUUUCUCAUAGGGACAAAACUACUUGCAGUAUAGAACAGUUUACUACAAAAUUGGACAUUACGGGAAAGGUUAUUUGUGUAGAUACUUCGGGUUUAACGGAUACUUUGGCGCAGUACAUCAAAAAGGAACUAAAAAAUAGACCGUUGCGGGAAUUGGUACCGCAACAGGAGGUGCACAAAGUUACAGCUCAUCUUAGAGAAACUCUCAGCUUAGGACAGUCUUCUAGUUCAAUCUAUAGGUUGCAAAUCGGAGCGGACAAGUUGAUACAAGUUCAAACUAAGUCAAAAUUAUUUAAAACCAACCCGCACGCGAACACCGAUUCGGAUUUUAUUAUGGCAACACACUCUGUGAUUGGCGAAAACGAUCUUGUCGGAACAGAAUCGGCCAGUGGCACCAGCAAUUCCUCAAGCACGGGAGUAGGAGGACCCUUGAUGCCUAGUGUAGUGAACGGAAACCGCAAUGGUCCACCCAUUAGUUCAGGUAGCGAGAAUUCUAGCAACACACUUCUAAAUCCAAGUUCCACUUAUCAAACUUUUCAUCUUGACAACGAAUUCAACUUUGAUAUAUUCCCCUCAUCCACUUGGGAACUAGAAUCUACUAAUUGGCCUGAAGGCAGGCCAGAUUCGCGUACAAGUGUAACUCCUACACCUCGUCCGCCCAGUAAUCCCUCCUACAGCAAUGCGCCUACUGUGGUGCAGUCUUCCCCUUUUUCCUCCCAACCCAGCCCAACUGUUCCAAAUCCCCCCACUCCUGCGGCUGCCAAUCCCUACAGCACAGGAACAGGCAAUUUCUUUAAUUCUAUGAACGACCAAGGAUUUUCCCUGGAUGAGCAGAAAGAUACCAAAGCCAACGUUUUGGAAGAAUCGGCUAUGAUGGCUGAACCUAAUAAGUUACGAAAUUUGCUUACCAAACCUCAAAAUAACAAUAACGAUAACGAUGAUAAAAAUAAACAUCGGAUAUUAAAAGAAUUGCUGAACCAGCAAGACGAAGAGAGUAUACCAAACGACAACCGAGGCAGUCCAAGAGGGCUGCUUAAUAGAGCGUCCAUACCUGGGUCUUCUGAACAGCCAAAGACUUCGAGUUCGUCAACUGGAAACGACAUGUUAAGAAAGUUACUCAACGAUAAAAACGACGAUGACGAUCUAGAAAGAGCUGGCAUGAAAAAUAAAAGCGAAUUGCUUCAACAACUGUUGAAACCAGAAAGAGAUGCCGACGACGAUAAGAAGAAAGAAGUGCAGUGCAAUGAUGAUACAUUGAUGAGAAGCUUGGGAUUUCCUUCAUCUCCUACUGAUAGAACUAGAAAACGUUCCAUCGACGAUAAAGAUAGUAUUCCCGCCAAACGGACUUCAGACGGUUCUCAGGUAUCUUCUUCAGGAACAUCAACGGGUACUUCCUUGCGAGAGAAAAAUAAAAUGUUGGCUUCUCUCUUAGACAAAAACUUUUCAAACCACCAGCCAAUACCACCAAUUCCUGCCAGCGUGAUCUCUGCCACUCCUCAAGAAAAACUGCCGAGGAUCUCUGACCCCAACAAAUCUAUACAAAUGGUUAUGGGCCAAAACACAAUGAACAAUUCUAGAUUGGGCGUUAACAGGUUGCCUGGACGUCAACAAACCACAAACUACCUCAGUAACGUUCUGUCCAGUAAUAAUAAUGUACAACGCAAUGAUAACCGCCAGAUGAAUCAGGUUAAUUCAAGCUGUUUUGCUUCACCUGCUACUUCUACCACCGACAACUCCAUCUGGGAUACCAAUAUGCAACCUUCCAACGAUCCUUUGCUUUCUGAACUUCUUGAUCAGGUCAUAGAAUUUGUGCCGGAUGAAAUUAUGCAACUUCUUGAUGGUGGGGAUGGUCAACAAAGUAACAACUUCGCAAUGAGCGAAGCAGUGGCCAUUAACAACAUACAGAAAUCAUUGAUGCAAUGUGAGACUGUUGUCAAAAGUCCAGGUUCACUUAUUUCCUUAUCAGGAAAUCCUCCUGCUUAUUCAUCUGCUAAUUUGUCAAACCAAAAUAAUGCUGUGUUUCCGCCUCCUCCAAAUUAUUCUCAAGCGAAAUUUACAAGAAUGCCGAUUCGUGGCGCUAAUGUAGGCAACCAGCAAUUUUCUGGAACUAUUAGUGCCCAGAAUCUUUUACAGAGAAAACAACUUUUGCUUCACCAACAACAAGAACAGAAGCGCCGUUUGUUGUUGCAACAAAAGCAACAACAUCUGUUAAUACCGUCCAAUGCUGCUGCCAAUGAGAUCUCUAAUAAUAUUAACUCAAUUCAGAGCAUUGACAGUUUGUUGAAUAAUUCUGUGGCUCCCAAUGUAUCUUUGCAACGCUCAUCCAGCGUACCUUCAGAAUCCCAACUGUCUCCUCCAUAUGGACAGACAUCGAGAGUCGCUAACCAACAACCGUAUUCACCCCACUCUCAACAAAUGGCUUCGCCAGCGUUUCCACAAACUACCUCUGUGGGUAAUUACCAGAAUUCUGCAGCCAUGUCUCCACAGUCACAAUUCAAUUCGCAAUUGUCACCACGACAGGCUUACCCACAAGCAAAUACACAGAAUGCCAACUGGCAACAAGCACAGUCCAGGAUGACUGUUCAGCAAAAUCCAAUGCUUGGUGCUCAGCUCACAAGACCACCUCAGCAAACACAGAGAUCUAUCAAUAGUCCAGGAUCAGUAAGUGCUAGGCAUUCACCAUAUCCAACUAACGAUCAGUUUCCUCCACCUAAUUCGCCCAAUUCGGCCUUCAAUAAUCAGUACCUGAGACUCCAACGGGCAAAUAGCGUGCCAUCAGCUACUACACAAUUGCCUGGUGGGCCGUACACAGGCAGGGACCACCAUCCCCACCUUUAUUCUCCCGUUCCUCCCCAUCCGCACCCUGUCCCCCCAAUGAUGAGUUACCACCAAGACUCCCAGUACUGUUACGAUCAGACGGGUAUACCAUUAGCCUACAAUGGCGCAGAUAGGGGCCGUGCUCCUCCCCCACACCUUCAGCCUGGUGUAUCGGGAAGUGCUCCAACCUCGGAAUUUGUUCGACAAGAAUUGCGUGCUGUUGUUGGAGCCAGAACUGCUCAAGCUCAGCCUGCCGCAGGGACGACAGCGCCUCCUACAAGGCCACCAUCCCAGAUGCAGAUUUCACAGCAGCAACAAGUUAAUGAUCUCGAAACUUUAGGACUCAAUUUUGAAAUGGGUAGCGAAUACUAUGGAGGAGGGCCGGCAAGGUGAUCAAAAGUCUUCACUUUUACAGAAACUUCUUUCGGAGUGACCACUUGUAAAUAUUAGAGAUAUACACUACUAGGUACCUCAUUGGUUAUCGUACCACAGGCUGUAAUCCAGACAGGUUAGCUGUAUCAAAAGUGCAUUACUACGUUGCUUAUUCGUUACAUAUAUAUAAAAAAAUAUAUAUUUAAGAUAGGGUAGUGCGGAGCAACAGAACGGAAGGCGCAAGGGUGAGCGUGCAAUUGUAAAUAUUACAUAAAAGAUCAAUUUUGUGGGACAAUUGUUUAUAUUAUACAUAUAUAAUGAUAAGUAUAGUUUAUUACUGGACUUGUUUGAAAACUUGUACCUCAGUCGGAUCGCUUAGUUAGUUGUAGGAUUGUCAUACUGGUGGCAACUAGUCAUUUUCAAUUAGAUUGGCAUUCGAAAAUAAUCUCAUACUCUCACUGACAUACGUUUUAGUUUGUUAAUAUUAAAAGUAGACUUUUUUAAAAUUAUUUUAGUGAUUAUAUUCUAUUGGAUAGUGAUUCAUCAUUUUGCAAAUCGAAUAGCAAAUUCUUAUUAACAUAAUCUCCCUUUAAUCAAACUAAUUUUUUACUGAUCUUAGCAAUGUAGUUGGAUUAAAAUUUUGAGAAGCAUGUGAUUUGCAUUCAAGCGAACAAUUUUUUGGAUGUAUUCACAGGAAACGUCCAUCCAAUCAAACAUGUUCAAUCAUUGCUCUGUCAUAAAAUAAAAUAUAUAUCUGAAAUUUAAGGAAGUCGCUAGAAGAGAAAGUCUUAAAACUUAGAGGCUUAAAUGAGAGUUAGAAUGUUCCAUUGUAGUAUAUUAAAGUAUUACGAGCAAAAUUGCACAUUGGAGACCAAAAGCGGACAAACGUAGCAGAGGAAGACCACCUACACGUUGGACUGACGACAUCAGACAUAUCACCAAAAAUUGUCAACAAAGAGCACAAAAUCUCAAAGAAUGGAUAAUGGUUUAAGGGCAGCGGAUAUUGAGGUCUCUAAAAUAAACGCGAUUACUUAAAUAGUAAAGGAGAAUCGCAGUUAAUACCGCAAAAAUCGGGAGACACAUAACAAAGAGAAGAAAAGUUAUUAAAUGGAUGGAAAAGCAAAAAGUAACAGAUACAAAUUAAUGAGUUGUGCUUGCUUACCUUCAGAAACAGUACAAGCCGUCGACUAGGUGGGCUAUCCAUUCGAAAUUGCAAUGUUCAUGCAUUCAUGAAGGUAAUUAGCAAGAAUGACGUGGCCAAGAAGUAUGUAUUCAAGGAACACGAUUUGCGAAGUUUUUCGAUUUACGAUUUUUGCUUACAUGACAUCAAGGAAGAAGGAAGUAUAUUGAUUAUUACUUAUUACUAUUUGACCAUUUAAGACUGUGAUGGCUCGACGUUUUACAGUUGCUGAUAGCUAUGCAAUUAAUUAUGUGCGUUUGGUGAAGAAGUAUUUAUUAUUGAGCUCCAAAAAUGUAAGUACAGAUCGAGUUUUCUUACGGUAUGAUAAUAAUCAAGUAGUUGGUAUUAAUACAUUUGGAUCAUAUCGCUUGCAAAUUGCACGUUGUCUAAAAUUGGACGAUCCUGAGAAAUACUCGGGACAUAUGUUUCGACAUAUGUGGCAUGACAAUAGAUCAAAUCCAACGACAAAUAGGAUGGAAAUCGGCAACUGUGGCGACUGGUUACGUUGAAGAGAUUAUUACCAAUAAGAAGAAUGUUCCAAACAUUAUUGGGAGUGGCAUUGAUUAAAGUACAACCCAAUUGGCUUCCGAGAAUGUCGGUAGUAUUAAUUUGAACAGCAUUUCCUCUGAUUUAAAAAACGGAAGUGUAAAUACCA